AUGUCAAACUCUAAUCAUACAUACCAACAUGUAAAUACAAAUGUCACAACCACAAACUCAGAAACAAACGCUAAUCAUAUAUCCACGGAUCCCGCUACAGAAGAGGAACAGUUAAAUAACAACCAUAAUUCUUCUGAAGACUAUUCUACUAGCACAGGCUAUAUAUCUGUUAAAGAUUUUGCAUAUGAUGAAUCACAUCCUCUACAUUACGGAUAUUAUGAGGAAGAUGACAAUAAUAGUAGCGAUAAUGAAAAUAAAUAUGCUGAUGAUGAUUAUGCGAACGACAGCUACCAGGAAUACUCCCUCGUUAAUGGAAGCUUUAUAGGGCCAAAUAAUAAUUCGAUACUAGAUAAUGUUGAUUACGACGAAGAUGAAGAAAAUAACUCAGAAUGGGAUACUAAUAAAAGACAAAGUAUUAUUUUACCCGAGGAAUACAUUAUCAAUAAAAGAGCCAUAGCAUUGUAUGAUUUUGAAAGUGAAAAUGAUAACGAAUUAGCUUUACAAGAAGGUGAUAUGAUUUUUAUUGAUUAUAAGCAUGGGCAAGGAUGGUUAGUGGCUGAAAGUUUUGAUGGCAAAAGAACUGGACUAGUACCGGAAGCAUACGUAUCUAUACUAGAAGAUAACACUGAACAACAUACUAAUAAUGGCAAUGAUGCCAAAAGGCCUGGCUUUUUGACUAGUUUAUUAACAGAAAAUUCCAUAAAUACCGAUAUUAUACAGCAGCAUGAGAACAAUAGUGAUAACAGUGAUAACAAUGAUGAUGAUGAGUACGAUGAUGUUAAUGAUGAUUACGAUUAUGAAGAUGAAGACGAAGAUGUUGCUACCAACAGCAAUAAACUUACUACAGGGUUUAUAAAUAAAGUUGAACAAAUAAAAUUAUGA